AUGGCAAAAAGUGUCCGAGCCAGCGUUUCCAAGCGCAACAGAGCCAACCUGCGCAAGAAUGUGUUUGGCCCAAUCGUCGAUGCCAGAACCGAGAGAUUAGCAGCCAAACUACAAGAGAUUGCAUCACAGCCACGACCUGAGGCUCCUCAGAAAUCCAAGAUGGAUAUAGUUGAGGAUGAGGCUGACCAAAAAACCAAAUCCCAAACCGGCGAGGAAGAAAUGGAUAUCGACACAAUCAAGAGUUCCAAGAAGAAGCCCGCACGUGUGCAAAAGCGCAACCAGAAGCCCCGCAACUCAAUUGUUUUCCAGAAGCGCCCUUCCUCCACCAAGAAGGGGUCCAAGAAGAAGUGA